AGCUUAAGCGAUAUGACCUCAAAUGAGGAGGACAAAGAUCCUGAUAUUGAGCUUUUUGUGAAGGCUGGAAGUGAUGGUGAAAGCAUCGGAAACUGUCCUUUCUCUCAAAGGCUUUUUAUGAUCCUGUGGCUAAAGGGAGUCGUGUUUAACGUGACCACUGUCGAUCUGAAAAGGAAACCAGCUGAUCUUCAUAAUCUCGCUCCUGGAACUCCCCCGCCAUUCCUUACCUUCAAUGGAGAGGUGCGAACAGACGUCAACAAAAUCGAGGAAUACUUGGAAGAGAUGCUAGCACCUCCCAAGUAUCCAAAACUGGUUGCAAAGAACAAAGAGUCAAAUACAGCGGGAAAUGACAUCUUUGCAAAGUUCUCAGCCUACAUCAAGAACACAAAGCCAGAAGCUAAUGCAAGUCUGGAGAAGGUGCUACUGAAAGCUCUGAAGAAACUGGACAACUUCCUUAACUCCCCUCUCCCGGAUGAGAUUGAUGCCGAUGGUACGGGGGAGAAGUUCUCCAACCGAAAGUACUUGGACGGCAAUGAAUUAACGCUCUCAGACUGCAACCUCCUCCCUAAACUGCACGUAGUGAAGGUGGUUUCUAAGAAAUUCCGUAACUUUGAGAUUCCAUCAGAGUUGACUGGAGUUUGGAGGUACCUGCAGAAUGCCUACGCACGUGAUGAAUUCACCAACACCUGUGCGGCAGACAGAGAGAUUGAACUGGCCUAUGAGGACGUGGCCAAGCGGCCGGGCAAAUGAACACGCACCAAGCAGUGACUCGUAUAAUCAUAUGCAAAACUGGUGAAAGAGAAAAGGAUUUUCCUUCAGCAGUUCUUGAGCAGAAUUUGCCAUAUUGGCUCAGUCCUGUGAUAUUCUAAACUGUUACUUGCCCUCGUCAUGCUUGUGAGUACUUCCAAUGCUAUCUCACGGCCAAUUCGUACAAGUGAGGUCGUAUGCAUUCGCACGAAUUAGCCACCUCGUAAUAAUAUGUACAAAUCGCUGUGAGAUCGGGUUGGUACUUCCAUUACUAUUGCCAUUAUGUUUACUGACUGUAAGUGACAUAAACUGCUCUAUUAGUGUCGCUAUCUCUGACGGUCUAGAAAAAAAAAACACUGUGCCACUGUUUCUACAACUUUUCAGGGUUGGAUGGAGAUUCUUUUCAGUUAAAGGCAAAUUCUUGCUGUAAAGCCCUUUGCGUUUUUGUGUUGCAUAAAUUAUUUUUGCUAGCUUUUGAAACAGUAGCCUGACAUAAAUGUGUGCUUUAUCUCAGAGAACUAUAUGUAACCUUAGUAUUUAUUAUCAAGUCAAGUCACCUUUAUUUAUAUAGUGCUUUCAAAGCUGCAUAUUAUGGCUAAUGUUUGUACAUUUCUGAAGGAGAAAAAACGUGAUCAUGAAAUAAUUACAUUUCUUUAAAAUUGGCUUGAAAACAAUUCUAUUUAAGCACAAAGCCCCACCUAGUGAGGAAAUUAAUAAAACUAUUUAAAUGGGCUUUAUGCACAGCUUCACUACUUCCU